AUGUCGUACCGCAACUCUGACUCGGCUUCGAUCGAGAAGAAGGAUGACUCCCGCCUCGAGGAUGGUGUCAUGAUGGCACCCGUCCUCACCGCCGGCACCACCCACGCCGACGCCGUCGCCUCCACCGUCGAGGACCCCAAGGAGACCGCUCGUCUCAUCCGCAAGCUCGACUGGCACGUGCUCCCCAUCUGCUCCGUCCUCUACCUCUUCUCCUUCCUGGACAGGACGGCCAUCGGCAACGCAAGGGUCCUUGGUAUGGAGACCGGCUUGAAGUUGGUUGGCAACCAGUACGCUGCCGCGCUUUCCGUCUUCUUUGGUCUUUACUGCUUGCUCGAGGUCCCGUCGAACCUGAUCCUCAAGAAGAUAGGCGCCAAGAAGUGGAUCCCCAUCAUCGUCAUUGCAUGGGGUAUUGUCAUGCUCCUUACCGGUACCUCCAACAACUUCGCUGCUCUCUUCUCGUGGCGUCUCCUUCUCGGUGCUGCCGAGGCAGGUCUCUUCCCAGGCAUCACGUACUAUCUCACCGUCCUCUACCCACGCAAGUCGAUCCAGCUGCGAGUUGGUCUCUUCUUCUCUGCUGCCACCAUCGCCGGUGCCUUCGGUGGUCUGCUCGCUUUCGGUCUCGCCAAGGUUCGCGUUGGCGCUACCGAGGGCUGGCAGUGGAUCUUCUUCGUUGAGGGUGCUUUGACCAUCAUUGUCGGUGUUGUUGCUUACUUUGUCCUCUUCGACGGUAUCGAGAAGGCUCCCUUCCUUACCGAGAGCGAGAAGGUCUACAUGAGCGACCGUGUCCACUUCGACGGUAACGACAUCCCCAUGAACGACGAGUUCGCCUGGAAGUUCGUCUGGGCCGGUCUCAAGGACUGGAAGACUCUCUUCACUCUGAUCUGCUACGUCACCACCAUCACCCCGCUCUACUCCACUGCCCUUACCCUGCCUACCAUUCUCAAGACCUCGCUCAAGUACAACUCGGUCGACGCCAACCUGUACACUGUCCCCGUAUACACUGUUGCCGCUGUCACCGUCGUUAUCUUUGCUUACUUUGCCGACCGCACCGGUAUCCGAUUCCCCUUCAUCUGCCUUGGCACCCUCAUCUCUGGCAUCGGCUGGGGUCUCUCGCUCGCCUACGGCAAGUCCCACCCCAAGGUCGCUUACGGUGCUCAAUUCAUCUCGGCUGCCGGUUCGUACGCCGCCUUCCCUGGUGUGGUUGCAUCGCUGACCCAGACCAUCGGUGGUAAGACCAAGCGAUCGGUGUGCAUCGCCAUCAUUGUCGGCUUCGGUGGUCUGGCCGGUACCAUCUCGAGCAACAUCUUCCCCAAGAAGCAGGCUCCUUACUUCCACCGUGCCCACUACAUCAACAUCGGCAUGAACGCCACCGCCUUCAUCUCGGCUCUGUCGUUCGCCGGCCUUCUCAAGCUCGCCAACAUCCGCAAGCAGAAGAAGAUCGACUCGGGUGAGGCCGCCCGUCUCUCGAAGGAGGAGAUCGCCGACAUGGGUGACGAGUCUCCUUACUUCAAGUACCGCUACUAA